AUGCGUGCUGCUCUCCGUGCUACCAUCGGUCUUGUUGGGCGCCUUGUCGGCCGCAUCUGUAUGACAAUCGUUCAGUUUUGGUUUGUUGCUACUGGUCAGUUGUUGUUCCACUUCGCUCUGCAAGAGCUCAAUCGCAUUGUUGUGGCUUAUUGUCGAGACCACAACCUUAUGGAGGCCCUCGAUUAUCAGCCUAUUUACGAGCCUAUUUACGAGCAUCCAUCUGCCCCAGCACCACUGCCUGCGAUCAGCUUCCAGCCCCCUCCACCUGUCUGGGAACCAGUUCAAGAUGUUGACGGACACAUCCUACCUGAGCUCUGUGGCGUCUCCUGUCGGUUCAAGUACCAUUUCCGUGCUGGUAUUGAUCAUGUUCAAGGUAUCUUGAAGCUGGAAAAGUAUGGCAACACUCCCCUCCACCGUAUUUGGAUCCAAGGAAACUGGUCUCUUCCAGGGCCAGCUGGCCAAAAGAGAGUGAAGGGCCCUGGUUUUCAUUAUCCAAUCCAGUUGCCGAUUGGUUGCCACUAUGCUCUCGAGGAUACCCUGGGGCAGAGCGAAAGAACACGCAAGAAGCAUUUUCUCAUGAGGCUUACAUUCACUCACAAUGACGAUGGGCUCGAAUACAUGCAGUGUUUUGUGCCGGUGGGCCAGUCGUCUGAAAAGCUCUCUGGAUGCUUGGCUUUCCACCAAGCGCUUUCGAACGGCCUGGAUUGCGGAUGCGAAGAAAAAUUGGAUGAGGAGAACGACAAAGAAAAUGGUGAGUAA